AGAAAGAGAGAGACAGAGUCGGCAGAACGUAUGACCGCGUGCUCUGCGAGUCGUGUGCGUAUGUGUGUCUGUGUGUGUGUCGGGUCUCUCAGUUGCCGGCAAACUAUCGACGUGUUGUAUUGUACCGUGUGCGGUGGCCGUGUCCUCUCCGCGCUCCAUCGCCGCCGUAACCCAAUCCACACCUCCCCGGCCGAUGCUCCCGACCGUCGGCGAGUCGCUGUGCUAAAGGGAUCGUUGGCACCGCAGUGUUGUACUCGGAAAACUGGCACGAUACUACGCGACCGGUUACCACGUGGUCACGCCGGGCCCAAAGCACGUGCAAUAACCACCUCCACCACAGCAACUGCUCACGCACCGACCACUUCGGCCGCGAUCUCGGUACCUAUUGCCGGGACGGCUGCUGUGAUAACACAUAUUUGUACAGAUAUCGCUUGCGAAGAGAUAACGGUCGACAAGAAGCGAAAGUCAACGGCCGGCUCUGAUAUGACUUGGCUAACGAUUUUACUAUGGACUACAUUACUGUAUAGGUUGGCUGUUGGUCAACGAUUUCAAGAUAGCAAAUCCUUUUCAGAUGAACAUGAUCUCCAACAUGCUAUCAAAGUACCAUUUGAAGACCCACAAUUAUUUUUUGAUAACGGAGAGGAUGGUUUUCCAGCAUUUGGUAUCAAACCCGGAUCGGACAUCAAAUCUCCUUAUCGGUUGUUUUUACCUGAAAAAUUAUAUCCAGAAUUCGCAAUAGUUGCAAAUUUUAAAUUAAAUUCAAUUAAUGGUGGGUUUUUAUUUGCCGUGGUAAACCCAAUGGAAAAUGUCGUACAACUUGGAGUUCAGGUCAAACCAACAUCUUCAGAAUCAUUAAAUAUAAGUUUUCUUUAUACUGAUGUAACUAAAUAUCCUUCUUCUUCCAACGUUUUGGCUACAUUUUCAGUCCCUUGGAAAAUUACGAAAUAUGUACGGAUUAGCUUAAAAGUGACAAAAGAAAAUGUUGAACUAAAUGGUAGAUGCAUAACUCCGCAGAACGUUUCAGUAAUUAGAGAUCCAACCGAACUUCUAUUUGAUUCAGCAUCCACGUUGUACAUUGGCCAGGCGGGGCCACUCAUAAAAGGUGCAUUUGAUGGUGCAAUACAAGAGUUGAAAAUUUACGGGUCUACGGCAUCAGCUGACAUUCAAUGUACGGAAACCGAAAUUCUACAGCCAGAAGACGAUAAAGACCUAGAACGAACUGAUGAUAUAGCAACUGGAUACACAAAUCGACCACCAGUUCCACCACCACCGCCUCCAUCGAAUGAAAACCACAAUUAUGAAAAUAUCAAGGGAGAAAAAGGAGAUCCAGGUCAAAAGGGAGAGUCGAUUCGAGGACCACCAGGGCCUCCUGGUCCACCAGGGACUCCUUUUUCUGGUGAUUUCACAACCGACGAACAACUUAUUAAAUCUGGAGUAUUGGGACCAAGAGGUCCACCUGGAGUGUGUAGUUGCAAUUUAACAACGUUGUUCGCGCCUGGAAAUAUACCUGACUUACUACCGGGACCACCGGGUAUUCCCGGUAUUGACGGAAAGACUGGAUUAACUGGGCUUCCGGGACCUGCAGGAUUACCAGGCGAACGUGGACCUGAAGGCGUUAAAGGUGAUAAAGGUGACCGGGGAGACAGUGGACCAAGAGGCAAUGAAGGACUUCAAGGCCCAAAAGGCGAACCAGGAUUAGACGGAGAAAGAGGUUUACAAGGACCUCCCGGACCUCCAGGACCUCCGGGAAAUGGUGAUUUUUCAAAUAAUGAUCCAAGUUGGAAGCCUAGACCAAUUUACAAGGAUAUUGGAUUUGAAUCAAAUGUGGGAAGACCUGGUCCACCCGGACCAAAAGGAGAUCCAGGAGUUGAUGGUGCACCUGGCCUUAAAGGUUUAAAAGGUGUACAAGGAAGCAAAGGAGCUAGAGGUGAAUCAGGUUUAAAAGGGACAAAAGGAGAUAAGGGAAGUACAGGCUCUACGGGUCUUCAAGGCUUAAAAGGUGAUAGAGGGAUGCGGGGUUUUGAUGGAACACCAGGUUUACCAGGAGAAAAUGCACGACCAGCGCCAAAAGGAGAAAAAGGUGAUAUUGGACCACCUGGUCCACCUGGACAUAGUCCGCCAGGCGUAAAAUUAGAAAAAUUGAGCGAUUCAGCUGUUGUAAAAACAGUGAAAGGCGAUAAAGGAGCAAAAGGAGAUAGAGGAGAAAGGGGAAUUCUAGGUGCCUUAGGCCCAAGUGGAAAUCCAGGCCCACCUGGUUUAACGGGCCCCAAAGGAGACCGAGGAGAGCCGGGGCUUCCGGGUGUGUCUAUGGCUGAUCUAACUAAUGUAAAAGGUGAAAAAGGUGAAAUGGGAAAAAGAGGAAGGCGAGGAAAACCAGGUCCUGUAGGUCCACCAGGUCCUCCUGGAGAAAUUGGACUUCCUGGAUUAAGUGGCUUACCUGGUAGAGCAGGUGGAACAAAAGGAGAGAAAGGAGAUCCCGGCUUAUCUAUUAAAGGAGAAAAGGGUGAACCUGGUAGACCAGCAGACGGAAGCUCUAGUGGAUCUUACAUUCCAGUUCCUGGACCACCGGGGCCUCCGGGCCCACCGGGUGUGUCAAUUGAAGGACAAAAAGGUGAACCAGGAGAUCCAAGUUUUAUUACAUCUCCCUUAAGAAGUCAAAUUGUUGAUCCUAUUAUUGUACCCGGCGCAGUUACAUUUCAAAAUAAGAAAUUAUUGUUGAGUACAACUGAAAGAACUCAAGUAGGAACCAUUGCUUUUAUAAUUGAGGAAGAAGCAUUAUUAGUCCGAGUUUCACUUGGUUGGCAGUAUAUUUCUUUAGGGUCUUUAAUUACAGGAGCUGAAACUAUUCCAACUAAUAUACCAUUGCCAACUCGUGCACCUUUAGAGUCAUCAAAUUUAGUUCAUAGUCAUCCAGUUAAAGAAAAUCCAGUGUGGCAUCCUAAAAUGUUGAGAGUAGCAGCUUUAAAUGAACCAUAUUCUGGCAACAUGCAUGGAGUUCAAAGUGUCGAUUAUUCAUGUUAUCGACAAUCCAGAAGGGCUGGUCUUCAUGGAGCAUUCAAAGCAUUUCUUUCAUCACGAAAUAAUAAUCUUAAAACGAUAGUACAUGAAUCUGAUAGAGAUUUACCGUUGGUAAAUAUUAAAGGAGACGUACUCUUCAACUCUUGGAAAGACGUAUUUACAGAAAAUGGUGAAUUUUUAUCACAUCAACCUAAAAUUUACAGUUUUAAUGGUAAAAACGUUUUAACUGACUUUUCUUGGCCUCAGAAAGUUAUAUGGCAUGGAUCUACUACUUCUGGUAAUGAUGCCUCAGACAAUAAUUGCGACUCUUGGAACUCUGAGAGCAUUGACAAACAAGGUUUUGGUUCUUCAUUAGUCCCUCGAAUGAGUUUACAACCCAAGCUAUUAGAUCAAUCAAUAUAUGACUGCAGAAAUUUUUUUGUUAUUUUAUGUGUGGAAAUUACUCCUCAUUCAGGCGCCAUGUUUUCUAGAAAACGACGUAGCGGACGACAUGAUGAUAUGAACCAAGAAGAAUAUCAAAAACUCAUUGAUGAUAUUUACAAAUAGAUAAUUUAAUCAAAUGCCAUUUUGUACUAGAUUUAUAUUUUAUAAAAAAUUUAAUUUAAAUAUAUGUAUAACAUUUUAUUAUUCAAUUAAAAUAUUUUUUGUUGAUAACUUUGUAAGAAGUAUGUUCCUUCUUUUUUAAUCAAAAAUAAUUUUUAAUUUUAAGGAUUUUUUUUAACAUAUCCUACAUUUUAGUUACUAAAAGAAACAGAUUUUGUUUUUUUGCUGUUAAUUAUUUUGAAGAAUAACAUGAAAAUGUUAAUAAUAUUAGCCAAUAUGUGAAAUACUUUAUAUAUUGUACACUCAUAUCACUUGAACUAUUUGUAAAUAAAUUUUUGACAGGUUA